AAGAGAGAGAAAGCAGGGAGACGAGAGAGAGGGAGGCGAUAUAUAAUUCAAUCGAAAUCCCCACAUUUUUUCUUGUUCGUUCGCUCGCCCCCACUUUUUCUUUUUAAACGGUCAGCUUUUUCGCGUCCUUUGCUCCCCCCCGCUGCGAUUUUCUCGUUCCCUCCCUUCCCCUCAUUUUUUUCACCGCAUCGGCAUUAUUACUCUUCCUCUGCACUUCUUUCUCUCUCCUCCUUUUCCUUUCUUUUUUCUGGGGCUCCGGAGCUUGGAGGGGCGUUCUUCUUUCGGGAGUGUGUGAGUGUGAUCGCGUCGGUCAGUUCCGCCCCUCUUCAAAAUUCGCGAGCUCGAGGCGCCGGUAAAUAUCUCGCCUUUUCCCCCCCCCCGCCGGCGGAUUUCGAGCUUGUUGCUCCGGUCGCCGCGGCGGCGCCGGCGUCGGCGGUGAGCAUGAUCUGGGUCGUCGCUCGUUCGUGAUCUCGGAGCUCCGCCGUUCGUUUCGCAGCCUUGCAGUCAGCUGGUAUUCUCAGGUGCCCCGCGCAAGCGACGGCGAGGAGCUCUCCGCCGCCGCCGCCCCCCUCCUCCUCCUCCUCCGCCCGCCCGGCUGUUUGUCAGGUUCCGAUGCUUUUGAGGGCCGACGGUUACGAGUCUCGUGGUUUCGAAUUGGAGGGGGUGGGGGUUCUUGGGUCCCAGGGUUGAUGAUUUGGGGAUUUUCCGCGGUUAGGGUUCCAGAGAGAUGAGCGUCGUCACUGGCAGCGGCGGCGGCGGCGGAGCUGGGGGUGGGGGCGACAAUGGCAAGGUCGAGGCUUGGGACUCGGGCGAGUCGAUGGGGAGGAAGAAGAAGAAGAGCAAGGACGGCGGCGAGCGGAAGAAAGCGGGAGGUGGCCGGGAAGACGGUCUCGGCGGCGACGACGACGACGAUAGCGUGGGGGUGAAGGAAAGCGGUUGUUGGGUUAGGUUGAGGUUCAUAGGGAGCUGCAUCUCCUCAAGAUCCAAAGUCGAUAGCUCCAUCAGUGGUACCAGUACUAAUUACGCAGAAAGUAAAUUUACAAAUGAUACGAGCAGAGACCAGCCUGCUCCUCCUGCGGUUUCAUCUACGACCACUAGCAAUACAGAAAGUAACUCUUCGACUUCCAAACUUGAAGAGGAACUUAAAGUUGCCUCUCGCCUGCGAAAGUUCAACUUCAAUGAUCUUAAGUUAGCUACAAGAAACUUUAGACCUGAAAGUCUACUUGGGGAAGGUGGUUUUGGCUGCGUCUUCAAGGGUUGGAUCGAAGAAAAUGGGACUGCUCCUGUGAGACCUGGCACUGGGCUUACUGUUGCUGUUAAAACUCUCAAUCAUGAUGGGCUUCAGGGUCACAAAGAAUGGCUGGCUGAAGUGAAUUUUCUUGGUGAUCUAGUGCAUCCUAAUUUGGUGAAAUUAAUCGGAUAUUGCAUAGAAGAUGACCAAAGGCUGCUAGUGUAUGAGUUUAUGCCAAGGGGGAGCUUGGAGAACCACCUCUUUAGAAGAGCUCUGCCUCUCCCUUGGUCUAUCAGGAUGAAAAUAGCGCUAGGUGCUGCAAAGGGUCUUGCUUUUCUUCAUGAGGAAGCGGAAAGGCCGGUGAUAUAUCGUGAUUUCAAAACUUCCAAUAUCCUGUUAGAUGCUGACUACAACGCCAAGCUUUCUGAUUUUGGGCUUGCAAAAGAUGGUCCCGAGGGAGAUAAGACUCAUGUCUCAACACGUGUCAUGGGAACAUAUGGCUAUGCUGCCCCAGAAUACGUGAUGACCGGGCACCUUACUUCAAGGAGUGAUGUCUAUAGUUUUGGUGUGGUGCUUUUGGAAAUGCUGACCGGAAGAAGAUCCAUGGACAAAAAUCGACCUAAUGGCGAGCAUAACUUAGUUGAAUGGGCUCGGCCACAUCUUGGAGAGAGAAGAAGAUUCUACAGAUUGAUAGAUCCACGGCUUGAAGGUCACUUCUCGAUAAAAGGUGCCCAAAAGGCUGCGCAGUUGGCUGCUCACUGCCUUAGCCGAGAUCCGAAGGCUCGUCCCCUGAUGAGUGAUGUUGUUGAAGCUUUGAAGCCUCUCCCAAAUCUCAAGGAUAUGGCAAGCUCAUCAUACUAUUUUCAGACCAUGAGGGCGGAGCGCAUAGGGUCGAGCCCAAAUGCUAGAUAUGGCAUUCAAUCGCAAGCAGGAGCGAAUGCAAGGAAUAGGAGUCUUUCGAUACCGAAUGGGACCCAUGCAUCCCCAUACCACCAUCAGUAUCCUCAUCAAUCUCCAAAACCGAAUAGUAAACCAUAGUGAUGGGUUUAGACUUAGCCGCCCCAUAUUCAACCCCUCUCCCCCCAAUUUAUUUCCUUUUCUUAUCUUUUCUCAGUAUAGGAGUUGAUUUUCACCUAAACAUUUGCGCUUGAUUACUGAAACGGUGACGGAGAAAAAUGUGCUUGAAUGGUGAUGUGUUUUGACAUCCUUGAGCAGAGGAUGUCUGGAAAGGUGAAGCGUUUCUGGCAGUGUCUAUUUUGACCCAUAUGGAACUCGUUUGGAGAUAUGCUGAAGCUUGUUGCCUCA